AUUUGUUUUGCAGAUUUCUUGGGUCAAAGUUCAAAUAUAGUUUCAAAAAUUUCCCCUACACUAACAUAAAAACAUAUCUUUUUAUUUAGUUUUAAUUGAGUAUCUUACAUACGUUUUAUUUAAACAAAUUUAAAUCUAAAACUAAAGCAAAACAGUGAUAUAAGUCCCAUUUGUUCAAAUGGAAACAAAACAACAACGCCACCUAUCGCUCAAUCGGCCAUUUUGAAUGUUAUUGAUUCAGAUAUUGCUGAUGAGUUUCACAUAAGUGAAUAUUUCGCUGAGUAAAUAAAUAAUAAAGGAGUUUUGGAUACAUAAAUGAUGGCUUCAGCCAGAAUGGAACAAAAUAUGAACCACGCUGGACCUCCACCCAUGGAUGGGAAAGGGAAUCCUGGCACAGGUGACCAGGGUUGGAAGUCCAAAUUAAAGCUUCCUCCAAAGGAUAACAGAAUUAAGACAACUGAUGUUACUAACACAAAAGGGAAUGAAUUUGAAGAUUUUUGUCUGAAGAGAGAGCUUUUGAUGGGAAUUUUUGAAAAAGGAUGGGAGUCGCCAUCACCUAUACAGGAAGCUAGUAUUCCUAUAGCACUUACAGGGCGAGACAUCUUAGCUAGAGCCAAAAAUGGUACUGGAAAAACUGGUGCUUAUACUAUACCAAUAUUAGAGAAAUGUGACCCUUCAAGGGAUGAAGUUCAAGCUAUGAUAAUUGUACCUACUAGAGAACUUGCCUUACAGACUAGUCAGAUUUGUAUAGAAAUUAGUAAACAUUUAGGUAUCAAAUGUAUGGUGACUACAGGAGGAACCAAUUUAAAAGACGAUAUCAUGAGAUUAUAUGAACCAGUUCAUGCCAUUAUUGCAACACCUGGUAGAAUUUUAGAUCUGCUGAACAAAAACCUUGUCAAGAUAGGAAAGUGUGGUAUAAUGGUGUUAGAUGAGGCAGACAAAUUGUUGUCACAGGACUUUAAGGGAAUGCUAGAUAAUAUAAUAGAUCAUUUACCAAAGGACAGACAGAUCCUGCUAUAUUCUGCUACAUUCCCACUCACAGUGGAGCAGUUUAUGAGAAAACAUUUACAGAACCCAUAUGAAAUAAAUUUGAUGGAUGAAUUGACGCUAAAGGGAGUAACACAGUAUUAUGCAUUUGUCCAAGAAAAACAGAAGGUUCACUGUCUCAAUACAUUGUUCUCUAAGCUCCAGAUAAACCAGUCCAUUAUAUUUUGCAAUUCCACAAAUCGUGUUGAACUUUUGGCAAAGAAAAUCACAGAACUUGGUUAUUCCUGUUUUUAUAUACAUGCCAAGAUGAAUCAACAACACAGAAACAGAGUGUUCCAUGACUUUAGACAAGGACUGUGUAGAAACUUAGUGUGUUCAGAUUUAUUUACCAGAGGUAUUGAUAUACAGGCAGUGAAUGUUGUAAUCAAUUUCGACUUCCCUAAACAUGCUGAGACAUACCUUCACAGAAUUGGUAGAUCUGGUAGAUACGGCCAUCUUGGUGUAGCCAUCAAUCUCAUCACAUAUGAUGACAGAUUCUCACUUCACAAGAUUGAGAAUGAGCUUGGAACAGAAAUCAAACCAAUACCUAAAGUGAUAGACAAGGCAUUAUACGUAGCAGAGUACCACAUGGGAGACGAUGAAGACGGGAAGGAAUCAUAAAAACUAGUCAUUGUAAUCAUUCAACAUUGUUCAUUAAUAACACAAAUUUUAUCAUGAUUACAAACAAAAAUCAACCAUGUUUUUUCAUGCAAAAAUUUUUGUUGGUCAGUAUUUUCUUUUUAUGUUACUCUGCUGUUAUGUUAGUUUAUAAAUGGCUUUAUUAUUUUUUUCUUUAUUUCUUUAUUAUGGUGGUUUUAAUGAAUAAGUUAAGGGUGGGGAGGGGGAGAUCAUUGAUUGGUACAAAAUACAAAAAUCAAAGAAAUUGUAGCUUUAUGUUUGACUUAACAAGUAAAGGAUUUUAUAAGAGGAAAAAACAUUGAAGAUAUUAUAAGACUAAAUGAUAGAAAUGUAUGGAUAGAUGCAUAAGCUACAUGUUUGAAGGAUAACUUUUAAAUUACCUCAUCGAGUUAUUAUAUUUAAUGAAAUUUCAUGUAUAUAUUGUAAUGCAAAUUGCUUGUCACAUAUAUUCAAAAAAUGCUUUUAAAGAAAUAUUAAAGUGAUCAAUUUUAGGGGUAUGGGAAGGUUAAGAAUAGAUGCUGCUUUUUUUUUUUUUUAGGAAAUUUGAAUAUAUUUUUCUAAAUAAUAAGCCAUUGGGUAAAGAGCUCAGUCUGUAUGAACUAACAUAAAUAAUUUUGAGAAAUACUGCCAAGUUAUGAUUUUUUCGUUUUGUAGAUUAGAAAUCUGAAAUUAUCUGUAGAUUAUUGAUCUGCAGGAUUUAUUUAUUUCCCAAAAUAUUGUAACAACAAAAAAUAACACAAAGUGUUUCAUUUAAAUUAUUGUGAUAACUAAAUUUUAUCAUAAGACAUGUAAGAAAAAUCUUUUGGAGAAGUUAUUUUUGCGUUGUAAUUUAUACUAUAUUUUUGUACAAAAAACAAAACUACUUUGUAUAAGAACCAGAACAUGAAGGCACUUGGAGAAGAUUGUGCCUUUAGAGAUAAGGACUCUGUUCUGUAUUAACCAUUUAGCACAACAGCAUUAAGCACAAUGCUUUCACAACCAAAGUGAGUUUAGCAAUAAAAGAAGAGUUUGUGUUCAGGAGGGAAUACAUAGAAAUUUGAAGAAAAGAGAUAAAAACUCAGGUUAUUUUCAUAUGUGUAUUUUCCCCAAUACAGACAUUUUGAAUAAGCAGAAAGGAAAAAAUAAAGCUCAUUUUCCAAAUCAGGCUUAUAUAAUGUUGUUUAUUCCAAAAUGUCUGAGGAAUAAAUAUUUAAGAAAAGAACAAUCAUAGUGCUAACACUCUAGUUAAUGUGAGAAUUAUAUUCUGCACGAAAUUUGUUUGUAAGAAGGAAUAGAAAUUACAACACUUAUGUAAUGAAUGUGCAUUCAUACAGACUGGAUAGUGGAUUUUUUCUGGAGGAAAUACAUUGAUUAAACAUUAUCAGGAGAAGUUUAGAAUAUACCAAAAUCAAAUCCUUACUACAGACGAGAUUUAUACCAAGUGCUGACUUUACACAAAGAGUGCUUCUGUUGUGCUACUGCACGUGCUUAAACACCAGAUAGAGACUGGGUUAUAACAUGGCAGCUUUGUUGACCACAGCAGUGCUCAGCUGCUGUUUAUAAAUAGAUAAUUGGGCAACAGUUUAGCUGUUCAUAUAUUGGUUGAACUGAACCUUCCAAUUUGUAGGCCAAACCAAAAACAAAUAUAUUGGACAUCAAAAAUGACAUCUGAGAAAAUACAUCAUGUGUCAAAUAUUCACGAAGACUUGAACAAAAUUGUGGAUAUGAUCCAAUGUCUAUGCAAACAUAGAGUUGUGUUAAAAUGAAUGAAGAAUUUAUAGAUUGUAUGAAAAUCUGCAACAAUCACUUUAAUGUACUUAUCAAAGAAAUGGACAGAAAUUCAGUUACAUUGAUGUCUACAGUAAGAUAAGGAAAUGAGUUGUUUCAUUCUGUGUCCUAAACAUUGUCUGAAUUGUUGGUUGUGGCCUAGUGAUGUUUUUUUAAAUGUGUUCGUAUACUUAAAAGUAUGGCAACUUAAAUGUUUCAUUUUGCAAUGUCAACAAGAAAUUCUUUAAAGCAAAACCAAGUGUAACAUUUGGCAGAAGUUGAAUAACUAUUCUGUUUUGUAAGAUACAUUAAUAUAAGAUCCAUACCAAUUUUCAUGGAAAUAAUCAAAUUAUGUAUUUCAAGUGAGAAAAUAUUUUUAUAAAUAAGAUAAACCAAUAUGAAGUUCUAGUGAACCAUCAAUUGAUAACUUUCCAUGUAAAUUGGUAUUUAUAUCAGAAUUCAGUAAUAGUUAUUUUUUAUGUGAAAAGAGUUUGAAAACACCAGAAUGUAAAAAAUCCAUAGAAAUAGAAAAUUUUGAAUAAUUUACAAGACUACCAUGGACAUGAUAAAUAACAAAUUUGAAAAAAAAGCAUAACACGCUUUUUUUGUCGUCAAAAAGAAGGAAGUACUGUAAAUUAAGAAAUUAAUGUGACAUUGUUUACUAAGGAGAUAUGUGCCUGGGCUUACAUUAUAGAAAGCUCAAAAAUUUAAAAAAAAUUAUGUUUCAAUAAGAGAGAUAUCUAUAUGAGUUGCAUUUAAUAACUUUUGCACUCAAUUUGUUCUGAUAAAUGACACAUUAAUUCUAGAAUGUACAGUACAAUUUAAAGGCAUUAAUAAAUAGAAAUGAUAAUGAAAAUUUUGAGAGAUAUUUAUGAUUUUUUCAAAAUUUGUUGUUUAUUAUGAUUAUCUGAAAAAAGUUGAUAAUAUCUGCAUUGGAAAAAUUGUAUGUUGAAAAGUCAGAUGGUUUCAGAUGUGUAAAUGGUAAAAAAUGAAAUUGUUAAGAAAACUUCAUUUAUAUAAGAACUGAAAUGUAUUGUGAUCACAUUUUUUAAUGCAAACAAUCUGCAUGAAAGAUUUUUACCAAAAGACCUGUUAUAACAUUUACAAACUGGUAUAUAUGUGAACAUAAACAUAGUCAUAGAAGAAAACUAAAGUGGGAAAAUAAUGCUUUACCAAAGAAUGACAUUUAUAUGAAGUUAAACAUGUUGAAAAAAUAUUUUAAGUUGGAUUGAGGUUAUAAAUAUCAAAUGCAUAUUUUGAAGUUUUGUCUAAGAUUGUUUUGGACUGAAGCUAGUUUAGAAUGGGCAUUUCUUAGUGAAAAUACAAAAACUUGUAAGCCAGAUUUUAUAUAUAGGAUAACAUGAGGGUUGAAUUUAGAAAUAUAAAGGCAGAGGUAGUGAGUGGUGCUGUUAACAAUUUCCUUCAAAUCAAGUUUGUAAGUUCUGUCUGAGUUACAAAUGGUUGUUGCCAAAACAUUGUGUGAAUAGUUGUUUUGUUGUGUGAAGAUAUGGCAUUAAAUGAGUAUGUGUAGUAUAAAUGUAUUUCAAUAUGUGCAGUUGUGUUACAGCAAAUAUAUAGGGGGAUAGAAAUAUUUUGGAAAUUGCACUUAUGAAAAGGUCUUGUACUUACGUCUACUAUAACUGACUGAACUAGAAAAUUGUAAGGAUACAAUUUUUUCAUUUUUAUUAAGGCUUGUGAUUAUUUAUUGAGAUAGUUUUGUUUUUAUUUAAAGGCCAAUUUUUGAAUUAAUUACUUGAUUCUCAUAAAGUAAGAUGAUAAUUUAGAGGUUUGAUACACUAUAGAAAUUAUGCAAGCCUUUUCCAGAUAGAUCAGAGGGAGUCGGUCAUUGCAUUGAUUUAUUAUUCAGACAGAAAUUUUAUGAGAUUCUUCUAAUUAAUUUUAUAUUUGCCUUUAAUCAUUUAGAAGGAAUAAAUCAUUUAGAUCAGUUAAACAUACUGAAUUUGGAGAGAAAGAAAAGGUUAUUUUAAAAUAAGUUAGGAAAACACUAUAAAUGUCACUUCAUUUUAAAAAGUUGUGAAAAUGUUUUAUGGUAACCAUGACAACUGAAAUGAUUGCGUUGAAUGAGUUUGAAUGUUUUUUUUAGUGUGAAAGAUAUUAUGUUUGUACAAGUAUAUAUGUUUCAUUUCAAUACUGCAUCAGAAAAAAACAUUUCAUUUAUGAGUGAAACAAGAAAAAAAGAUUGACUGAUGUAGCAUGAAAUUUUGUAUAAUUAUUUGUUAUUUAUUUAAUGAAAUGCACUGUUACAGCUGUUUUUACCUUUCUAGUAACCUACUUUCACAAACAACAGAAAAAAGUUGAUGAAUUAUUUGAGACUGAAGAAAAGGAUAUUAAUUAGAAAUAGAUUCAAAUUGUUAAAAGAUUCAAACAAAAGAAGUCAGUCUUGGACAUCAUACGAAUGCUAAGUAAGUUAGCGAGUUUUCAAAAGCAUUUUCAUAGAAUUGAAAACACAGAUGUUGUUAAAACUAGAAAGGUAAACACAGAAUCUUAGCAGUAUAAUAUACAGUUUUGAUCUCAUUAUUGGUCUUUGAGACAAAUCAACAUAAGUGACCAAUGAAAUUAAUAUUCAGUCAAAUGAUCUGAAGGAUCUAUAUAAAUAACUUGCAUAAUUCAUGUUAUAUAUUACUGAAAACUGAUGGUCAGGGACCUAGUGAUCUAUUCCAACAUAAAUGAAAGUCCACAAUGCUUUUUUUUUUAUGUUUCAGAAAUAUGUAAAUGGUUAUCUGUUUAUUUUUAUUGAUCCCUUUCUCUCAUUUGACUUGAAUAUGUGUUUUAAAAAAAUUGACAAGAAGAAAACAAGUUAAUCUAACUGUACAAUGUUUAAUAACCUUGACUGCAACUUUACUUAAAACUUUGAAUAGUGUUUUCAAUUUUGUGAAACACUUUCAUGUGAAUUCAAACAAAACAUGAAUAUCUAAAGGACAAUUUGUUGGUUAUAUGGAAUACAAAUGUUUAACUUGCAAAACUGUUGCUUCGAAUAUCUGUUAGUAGUUUGUUUUCUUCUUGUUCCAUGUUUUGUUCUCAAGGUCAUAUAUUCCACCAUGUUUGUGGAAAAAGUCAGACAACAAAAAACAAAAUAACAUUCCACAUAAAGGGCGAAAAAUUAUUCCACAAUAAUUAUAGUACUGGUGACUUGAAGUUGAAAGAGGGUCCAUUCCUUAGAUUUUCAUAAAAUGAGAGAUUUAACAUGGUAGAUUAUUUUAAAUUUUGAAAACAAAACAUGUUGUGUCAUUGCUCUGUAGAGAAAUUGACAUGGUUUUAUGGCAUGGAAUGGUAUCACGACUAUUGCAUGCAUUUAUUAAACAGGUUUCAAAAGUAUUCUUUUGAGAUCUGUUUGAUGUUUUAUUUAUAUCAAAAUCAGCAGUUCAAUUGCGGAUAGUAUGAUUAGUAAUCCAAUUUAUUAAGAACAGUUUAAGCUUGUUCUCAGAAAGAAAGAAAAAAUCCAGUGUCAGUAACUUUUCAAACAGUUUUUUUUUAGGUUCUAACAAAAUUUAGCCAUGUGAAAUAAUAGAAUAUGUGGUUCUUAUAGACAUAUGUUAUGGAAACAAGGACUCUCACUGCAAUUUUCUGUCUAAUUUAGAUUAAUUACACUUUUGAUGUUACAGAUUUCUUAAAACUUGAUUUUCUUAAAGCCACCUGGCUUAACCUUUAUAGUUCAGUUGUUUUCCAUGUCAUCUAUUUCUGUCAUGAAAAUACUUGUUUUCACACUUUAAAAAAUAUGUAUUUUUAACAAGUUUGAAAACAAACAGCUCAACUAUAUGCAUCUUUUUUCAAAUGACACUGGGUAUUUUAUAUAAUCGGACAGGUGGAGUGAUUGUUCUGAUCUGCUCCAUCCCAAAGUUUGCUGAUUUUGACAUAAUUGUUGUUUGAUUUAUCUAUACAAGGAAGUGAAAUAAAGGAGGUUAAGAUUUCCUUGUUAAGAUACUGAUCAUGUUUGUACUAGAAUACUUUUGUACAGUGGAAUUGAUUGCCAUAUGAAGCAAUGAUUAAAUUGAUUGUCAUGUGAUGCUAUGAUUGAAUUUACGUUUAAAGACGAGAAAAUGAAGGAAUAAAGUGAAAUAUCUUUAAGAAUUUGCUUCCAAAACUUUGUCUAUUCCCUUGUACAAAAAUUUUGAAGUAUAAACAAAUUUUAAAGAAGUUCUUUUGAACAUUUUUAGAAUCUUUUUUGGGGGGACAACUUGUUGAAAAAAACAACAACAUUUUAGAUUUGAUAAAUGGUUCACUGUCAGCAGUUCAAUUAAAUUUAUAUAAAAGGUAUUUAACUUCAGGGUUUCAAUUUUUUGAAUUAUAAACAAUUGACAAAUUAUUUAAGGUUGUAAGCUGACAGAUAAGAUAAGGAAACCCAUAAUUUUUCAGAAACAGUUUGAGUUUGAAAAAAUAUUUCAAUGAUUUAAAUUUUGGACAUAUUUAAAUUGGAACAAUUUUAUGUAUCAUGAACAUGUAUUAUGAAAAUAUUAUCUUUACUUUAUAAAGCAAGUGUUACUGUUUCAAUCAUAUUCAGUAGUUCUACUUUUGAUUUUUUUUUCAGCUUCAACUCAUAUGAACUGUUUUACAGAAUAUGAAAAUUAUUUACAAAACUGUUUUUGUUAUAGCAGUUUAAUAAUAUAAAAUUCAAAAUUUAAUAUGGUUUAAAAACAGGUAUAUUAUAUAUGUAAUGAGUACAUUGUUGUUUGAUUUUGAUGAGAAACGAGUCAUGAUUUAAAACAAUAUAUUAUGAUACACUUUGUUCAUAUGCUUAUCUUGAUUAGAACAUCUCCUGUCCAGUUUUAGUGACAUCUGUUAAUUCUUGAUCAUUCUUUUAAUUCUGUACAUUGUUUUCAUGAUGCGUACUAUUGUUCAAAUAGAAAUAAAAGAUUUUAGUAAAA